AUGUCUCCCUCCCUGAACGAACCGGAACGACUGAAUCGACAAGCUCAGGGCCUGGCCUGCAAUGAGUGCCGAGCAAGGAAACUUCGAUGUGAUCGUGUGCGGCCAACCUGUGGGACUUGCGAAAGCCUCGGGGUCACUUGCACACCGAACAGUGUUCGCCAGCCGCGGGGGCCUCGAAAGGGCUAUUUAAAGACAUUGCAAUCUCGCAUAUCGGCAUUGGAGCGCCAAUGGAACGGGCAACAGAAGGCUGCGGGGGGUUCUCCGGGGGAAAGCCCGCCGUGUAGUGAGGGAGGUCAAACUCUUCGAGCAGUUUCCGAGUCUACGUCGGAUGGGGUUCAUGAUGAAGACCACGCGAACGGAGCAAGGCCGCCGAGUUCUCAGUCGUCCAUUGAACAGCCGAUUCUUCAACCGACCGUGUCGCUAGAUGGGAUAUCGGCGUUGCAUGGCUUCGCACCCGUCAACAGCCCCUUUGCCUUUGCUCUGCCCGGGACAGACCCGUCAAAGACGGUAGACCUCUUCUCCCACAUGGAAUGCUUUCCUUCAAUGCCGACAAAGCUCGACCCAAGAGCAUAUGUUCCACAACAACUCACCCCAAAUAGCACUAUGUCGAACGGCCAGUUUGAUUUGCCCACUGACCUCAGCGUCACGUCAGAAUUUCAACUGCCCGAACUGAUGAAGGCGGAUUUGAGUCACCUGUACUUUGACCGUGUCCACCCUUUUGCCCCGAUCCUCAAUAAGCGGCGGUACUUUGCACGCGCCGCUCGACCGGUGAGUGAGCAAGGGGCAAUGACGUGUCUUCAGCAUGCCAUGUGGACAUUGGCCGCGUGGUUGGGAAGCCAGUUUAAGCACAUCCAGAAAGACCUCUAUAUCUAUACGCGGGGGCUGUUAGAGAAAUGGGAGCUCAAUAUGCAUCCUGGGAAUCCCCCCAUCGAGCUAGCCCAGGCACGGCUCUUCCUUGCCAUCUAUGAGAUUAUGCAGGUCAAUUAUGAGCGCGGUUGGCUGAGUGCCGGGCGCUGCUUCCGGCUCAUUCAACUGAUGAAGCUGCAUGAGAUCGACGUCCCGGACGGGAUCUCCGAGUCCGGCAUUUCGUUCGGCGAGAUUGAGGAACGGCGACGGACGUUCUGGAUGGCGUACUCCCUGGACCGCUUCAUUAAUCUCAUCAAUAAGAUGCCACUUACCCUCAACGAACAAGUGAUUUUCACUCGAUUGCCAGCACCAGAAGGCGCGUUCCAACGUGAACGGCCAGUACAGACCCAGUUCCUGUCCGAAUUCAUGGCUGGUGAUGAUGAUUUGCAGAUCGUCUCACCGUUCAGCGCCUGCAUCGUAGUCAUGACUAUCAGCGGUCGCUGCCUGUCACACCAGCAGCAAUGUAUGGUGGAAAGAGCAUACGGGGGCAUGCCGCAAGAUUUCAUCACCCGACAUCAAUGGCUGGAGGGCAUCCUCAUGAGCAAAGGCAAAGCGAUCGUCGACUGCAUCUCCAAUGAUCUGGAUGAUGAGCUCACAGAUCCGAUGCUGCUGUUCACCAACAUGGCCGCGCAUGCGACGACCCUUCUAUUGGGGAUGACAAUGCAGACUGGCCUGUGUAAUUACGAGAGCUUGAUCAGCGGGUUCGAAGAGCGCGCCACAGAGGCUGCGCAAAAGAUCUUACAUUUAUGCCAAAGGCUCAAUGAGUGUGGAUAUUUCAAGGUACAUCCAUUCACGCCCAUCCCUCUUGUCUUCUGUGCCGAAUGGGCACAAGGACGGAAGAAUCAGAACCCCGCGUUUGAGCCCCUGCAUAAUUCCAUGUUGUGUAGUCUGCGGGAUCUCAGUGUAGUCAACAUGCUGGCGGAGACGUGUUUGGCCAGGUUGAAUGAUUCUAACCCGCAGAUGGAAACGGAUAUGUCCAAAAGUCAGAGCUAG